AUGUCACUUCGAUGCUGUGCUGCUUUGAUUUUCAUGUCAAUGCCGAAUUUUUUCGUCGGAGGUAAAUACUCGAGUUGUGACAAUACCAAUUUUCCUCGAGUUUGGGAGUCGAACUUCACAGAAGCAUUUCAUCAACAUAUGGCUAGACUUGGAUGGGACGACCCUAAAAACCUGACUUACCGAUGUUCUGAUGCUCACUUGGCCCAUAAGCUUGCCGCAGAGCUCCCUCUUCAGUGGGAUCGUAAAGUAUUCCGUUAUGCGUAUAGCACAAUACCUGAUCCGAAUGCGACGAACCCUGCAACAGAAGCUGUAGCUGAGUGGUCUAGUGGUUAUGAAAAUCGUUUGCUUCAGGCAUUGCAAGAAGCUACUGGGUACGGAUGCGGCAUUUCGGCAAACUCGAAAUUGAAUACUGAGUACUACAAUCCCCAAAAGGAGCUAAUGCUCGUAUGUGUAAUCCGAUGA